UAGACAAAUAAGUAAAUACAAAUUGAAUAAUUCUAUGAAUUCAUAAUAUAUUAAAAAAUUAAAUAUAUUAACUACCACAUACAUGUUUAUAAACGGACUUGGCGGCCUACAAGUUUCGCGCUACAGUUUGAUAAAACCUGAGAUAAAACCCGCCUCUAAGAUGACCAACAACGAUGCAGCGGCCGAAGCUGCUGGCUCGAGUCGCGCCGGCGGAAGCAAGCAGCAACCAAAGCUGGAGAUAACCGAAAAGGUGCGCGUGCUCUGCCUGCAUGGCUAUCGCCAGAACGGAGAUGCAUUCAAAAACAAGCUCGGCUCCUUCCGCAAGUUUGCCUCCAAGUAUGCCGAGUUCGUCUUCAUUUCCGCGCCGCACGUGGCCGCAGCACUGGAAUCGGCGGCAGAGCCUGUGCCGGAACAGCGCAGCUGGUGGGCCAACAAGGAUGACGGCACCUUCAAGGGCACCAACCGAGGCGGCCCGGCUUUUGGCUUUCAGGAGAGCCUGCGAUGCGUGGAGGAGGCGUGGAAGACGCAGGGCCCGUUUCAGGGACUGUUGGGUUUCUCGCAAGGUGCCUGCUUCGUGGGUCUCAUAUGCGGACUGGCCAAAAAGAAGUUAACCUCCAUCCGACCCGAGUUUGCUGUGCUCGCCUCAGGCUUCCUCUCCGGCAGUUUGGUGCACAUGAGUGCCUACGAAGAGCCCAUCAGCAUACCCACGCUCCACAUCUACGGCCAAACGGAUGAGAUUAUACCCAAGCAGAUGAGCGAAUCGCUGGCCGCUCAGUUUAAGAACGUCGAGGUCCUGGAGCACAGUGGCGGCCACUACUUCCCUGCCACGGCGCAGCAGAAGCAGACGUUCAUUAACUUUUUCCAGGACCGAUUGCAGGAGUACCUCGAGCACCAGGAGCUGCAGCAGAGCGGCAACGCCUCGUUUAUUGAAGGCACGACGGCUGAGGACGACGAGGAGGGCAGCGGCAGUGAUGCCAACGACGCGGAGGUGGCUGCCAUGACUGCAGAUCUGGAUGAGAGUGAUUAGCUUGAUGGCGGGGGGUUUCUUUGUUUGUUUUUAAUAAUAAUUAAAUCUUAUUACAAAAAUAA